AAAAACAACUACCUUCAAAUCAUCCUCACAUUGCUGGCUCACUCAACAAUAUUGGUCUUAUUUAUAAUGGGAAAGGUGAUUUUAAUACAGCACUGGAUUAUUAUCAACAGGCUUUGAGAGUUUACGACGACUUAUAUCCUGGUAAUAAUCUACAAAAAGCAGGUACAAUUAGAAAUAUUGGGGUAGUACACAAGGAUAAAGAUGAUUUCGAUACGGCUCUUACUUAUCUGUCUCGUGCUCUCGAGAUGUAUAAACAUGUUCUCCCUCAUCAACACUCUGAGAUAGCACGAUGUCUCGGUUCAAUAGGAUAUACUUAUCAGAAGAAAGGUAAUUUAGAUAUUGCUCUCGAUUAUUAUCAACAACGAUUAAAUAUGCAAGAACAAUGUUUACCUUUCGACCACUCAGAUCUUUCAUUUGAUCUCGAUUUGAUCAUUGAUACUUAUAAAAAGAUGAAUGAAAUUGACAAAGCCUUAGACUUGUGUCGACAAAAGCUUGUUAUUCAAAAAAUUAGAUUGCCUGAAAAUCAUCCUCGUAUUGCUCGAAUAUUAAUGAUCAUGGCUGAUUUAAUUAAGGACAACAAUCACAAUGAAGCAUUAGAAUACUAUGAACAAGCUCUAUCUGUAUUGGAGAAUUGCACACCAUUAGAUCAUCAACUCACUUCUCAAUGUUUGACAUCAAUGGCUCGUUUAUAUUCCAAUUAUGAUAUGAUGGAAGAUGCAUUACGAUGUGACCUUAAAGCGCUUGAAAUUGAUUCUCAAACGUUGUCUUCUGAUCACACUUACAUCGCAAACAGUUUAAGAAACAUUGGCCUAGAUUAUAAAAAAAUGAACAACUUAUCUGAAGCACUUCAUUAUUACAAUGAAAGUCUUUCAAUCUAUCGAGCUAAUUAUGGACCAAAACAUGAGAUGGUGAAGAGAUGUGAAGCAGACAUUGCCAUAUUGAAGAACAAUAAAAAAAUUCAAGCAAUAAGAAAUAGUCUACAGUCGUUGACAGUAGAGCAUGUUUAA